UUUUUGUUUUUUCAAGUAGGAGUAGGAAAGAAAGGAAAAGUCAUUCGAAAUCCAUAGUGUCCGUGUCGCUCACUUCUGUCUUUUCCUUUCUGAGGACUGUGAGAGCUUUGACUUAGGUCAAAUCCUCUGUCUUUUUAGGUUGGGGUUGCAGGUGCGAGACCAGGCCAGUUGAGGCACUUCUGAGUAGCCCGGGGUCCCAGGAAGAGCACGUUCUGCUUUUCUGUUUAGGCUUAUAUCGACAUAUCUAGCGAGAUUACAGAAGCCAGCGUUUUCAAAGUCAUGGGUAAAGACUUUCCUUAUUUUUGAUGCGACAGCUAUUUGCUCUACUGAUAAGAUCCUGUCUGAGUUUGCUUUGUGCAAAACAGAAAUGGCCUGAGUAUUGAAACGCGUACUUUUUCUCAUCGCCCUGUCUGAUCCCAGGUCAUGAAACUGUCGCAGGGAGACCCUGUUAUCAAAUAAGCAUCAGGACGCUUGCAAAUUAUUGGAAACAUGCAUUUUAAAAUUGCCAAGCAUCACUGGUGAUUCCCAAGGAAUCUUAUGAGCCUUUGAUUUCCUUCUAAUUUGGGAGUACAGGAUAUGGCAUUUGGUGACCCAAAGGGGUAUCAAUUCAGAAGGUCUGAGCCAGAAGCCGUUUCCAUUUUCUUUCGGGCUGGAGCCCACCUAGAGUGAAUUUUAAGGUGCGGUUUUGCUCAAGUAACCCACGCAUAAUUUCUCUCCCUGCUGCAGACAACCUAUUUCACCUUUGAGCUACCUUGUUUUAAACUUAAAAAACCAAAGUGGUGUUAGGGAAAUAGCCCUUUACUGAUCCAACCUACCUGUAGAAGAAUUUUUAAAACGUUGAAAAUGUAUAUAAUACAUAAUACUUUUUCAUAGACAUUGAAAGGCUUUUAACGAUUGGUUCGUUUGGGUUAUGAAUCGAGACGGGGGUGAAGUCAGUAAGAAAAUCCCAGAGCCUGCUUCAGGGUCUUUGUUUGAAGAUAUUUGUUCUAGGAGAAUGAAUUCAUUCUUUUUUGUGAGAUUUUUCAAGGUAACAGUUUAAACGUUAUUCAUAUUAUGUUAGUACAUGUCCAAAUUGUUUCAGUGACAAAUCAGAUUACUUGGUAUAAGACACAAAAUUUAAACGGGAACAAAUAUCCAGGACAAAAGAUUUGUCUGCUUACUUGGAUCAGCACCCUAUAAUUCACAGAACAUGUAUUGAGGACAUAAUGUAGGCACAUCCAUGUAAAUGACAGUGGGGCACUUCACUGACGAUACAAUUCAUUUGGUAAAACAUGAAUAAUUUCAACUUUCCCCGCAAACACACAUGGCUGUUCCUUUUGUCGUAGAAUAAAAUAUUUGUCCCAGACAUGCAAGGCACUAGAGCUGAUGGCCAAAAUGUUUCGAGUCUGAUGCUUUCGUGUUUUGUUUUGUUUUGUUUUUCUCUCAUGGUGACCACUGAAACCUAGAGUUAAGAAAUUCCAAAGAACCUGUUUGUUUAAUUCAUUGGUGGUUUAAUUUAAGGGCCAAACCCCAAAUUUAGAAGCCAUCACAGCAAUAAUAGCCCACCAUGGCGGCCUCACAAGCAGACAGGAGCUGCUAAUAGUGUGGAUGCGUGUGACGUUUGACUCUUUCGAGAAGUUUGUGUACUGUCUCCUAGAGAGAAAGCAAAUGGUGGUUGUUCUUGUAGCAUUACCAUUGUUGAGAAAUUAAGAUCAUGGUUAAUUUAUUGCCCAAAAGAACUAAAGCCCAGCAGAGCCGUAUGCCCCUGACAUUCUCUUUACUAAACUGAAGGCUGAGGAUUAGAAUGAUGUUUCUUUGCCCUGAGGAAGUCUUCUCCUUGAUUUGAAUUUGUGUGCUUCAUAUUUGGUUAAUGUAACAGCACAUUGUUCAGGACAAUGUCAGAACUUCUGAAAUCUGACAGGAUGGUAGAUAGAUAGAUAGAUAGAUAGAUAGAUAGAUAGAUAGAUAGAUAGAUAGAUCAGGAUUACUUAUAUUAAUAUAUAGGAAAUAAAUUACAUGUGUACAUAUGUGCACACACCUGCUUGCACAUGCACAGAGCACACACACUGUGUGUUUUGAGAGAGGCUUGAAAGCAGCGAUGAGAGAAGUUUUAACAUUCAAUACACCUAAGAUGGGGAACUAAUUUCCUUCAUCUUAUUUACUUUUGACUCUUUUUUAAAAUAUGAAAUAAAAUGGUCUCUCUGUGAUGGCAAACCGGGGCAUAGUGUUAAUUGUAUACUAUUAGGUAAUUUUGAGGGGUUGCCAAAUUUUGCACAUUCAUGUGCUGUCACUGCAGUUAGUCAGGAUUCAUCAACGCUAGCGAGAAGAGCAUUAUGUCCCCUGAAAUAUUUGACGUUUCAAAGCAGUCUAGGUUAAAGUAAGUGGCGCUUGCCAUGUGCUAAGGAAAGUGGGAUGUGAUCUCAGCACACUAAGAGCCUUUGAGGUCCUUGGGAGCCAUUAGCUGCUGAUGCCUGUUUUUAAGACAGACAUAUUUUGGGACACUGUGGUUCCUCUUAACGGCAGCUCCUUCUCUGGCUAGAAACCUGUGAGGGGGACCGCUUCCUCUCCUGGAGCUCUCCCAGCUCACUUCAUUGCCUAGGUUUGCUGUGCAAUCCUUAACAUUUCACAGGAAAACACACGACCUGUGACUGCAACAAGUGAUCCCUCCUGGGGAUACAGAGAGAGAAGCAGAAAUCCAUUACACAUCUUGAAAGAGAUCUUGGGUUUUUGUGUUUUUUUUUUUUUUUACAAAUAAACAGGAGGGGGCACUUUUUUAAAAACUCUAGAUUUUAGGAUGCAUAACUGUAGGGCUGAGGAAAUGCUCACACCGGUGUGCUUCAUAUAAACCACUGUUUCCUCACAUUCCUGUUCAUUUAGUUCAGGGCUUUAAACCCCAGGGUACUUUGUCCCAUGGCUGGAAUAUAUGCUUCUGUUCUUAGAAUUCCAGUAUCCCCUCUUCAGUCGUGUUUGUUUGGUACAGCCCUUAGCAGCUGGAUGAUAAUAUAACAAUUGUUUUAAGAUGCUUGUAAGCAUUUUUGCACACAGUACUACUAUGUGUUAUAAAUGAACCAUACCCGCCAACAAAAGUAUGAUUUGCAAAAUAUUUCUAAAGGUAGAAAUGGGUAUCUGCCCUGGUUUUUGGGGUGGGGGUAUCCUAUGAGUUCUUCAUGGCAAAAUCUCAAAGGGGCACAGACACUGGCUGAGACACAAUCUAAGGACAAGCGGCAAACUAUUUUCCCAGGCAUUUUCCCGUUUUUACGUUAGACUAUAAUAAACAAGUGGAUGCCAGGUGUCUUCAGCCAAACAGCUGGUGAUAAGUGUUUAAAAAAGAAAAAGGUGAAAAAGCCCAAGUUUCAGGCAUGGAGGCCAUUGGUUUUCUUUGCAGGCCUGGGAGGGGUGCUUUUCCUGUGACCAUGUCUUGCCAGGGGCAAGUCGUAAUUCCUGUUGACGAAAAGAACACCCCUUCCCACCCUAUGUCUGACAAAUCAGACAUCCGAAUGAUUUCUGAACUCAUGGGUUAAGACAGGAAGCAUAGGCUCCCUUCCUGUGUGAGUGCUUCCCUGAGAGAAAACUAGCUUCCCUCCUCCUUUGCAUACUUGGCGACUGGCUCUACCUUUCUCUGAACCCCAGUGGUGUGUGAGGGCCAGACUGGGACCUUGGAGGAAGAGGAACAGGGAUCUGAGGCUCAUCCAGGGACCAGGGUCCUUCCCAAGUGGCUACUCUGAGGGGACUCAGACCAACUCUGGAUUUGCGUGGCAGAGAGAGCCAGCUCUCGUGUGGCCUUGGGGAGGUACAGUCCUGUUGAUAAUCUGAAGACAAUGGAUGUCGAUGAGGGUCAAGACAUGUCCCAAGUUUCAGGAAAGGAGAGCCCUCCAGUCAGUGACACUCCGGAUGAAGGGGAUGAACCCAUGCCUGUCCCCGAGGACCUGUCCACCUCUGGAGCACAGCAGAACUCCAAGAGUGAUCGAGGCAUGGCCAGUAAUGUUAAAGUAGAGACUCAGAGUGAUGAAGAGAAUGGGCGUGCCUGUGAAAUGAAUGGGGAAUGUGCAGAGGAUUUACGAAUGCUUGAUGCCUCAGGAGAGAAAAUGAAUGGCUCCCACAGGGACCAAGGCAGCACGGCUUUGUCAGGAGUUGGAGGCAUUCGACUUCCUAACGGAAAACUAAAGUGUGAUAUCUGUGGGAUCGUUUGCAUCGGGCCCAAUGUGCUCAUGGUUCACAAAAGAAGUCAUACUGGUGAACGGCCUUUCCAGUGCAACCAGUGUGGGGCCUCCUUUACCCAGAAAGGCAACCUACUGCGGCACAUCAAGCUGCACUCGGGCGAGAAGCCCUUCAAAUGCCAUCUCUGCAACUAUGCCUGCCGCCGGAGGGACGCCCUCACCGGCCACCUAAGGACGCACUCCGUUGGUAAGCCUCACAAAUGUGGAUAUUGUGGCCGGAGCUAUAAACAGCGAAGCUCUUUAGAAGAACAUAAAGAGCGAUGCCACAACUACUUGGAAAGCAUGGGCCUCCCGGGCAUGUACCCAGUCAUUAAGGAAGAAACUAACCACAGCGAAAUGGCAGAGGACCUGUGCAAGAUAGGAGCAGAGAGGUCCCUUGUUCUGGACAGGCUGGCCAGCAACGUCGCCAAACGUAAGAGCUCUAUGCCUCAGAAAUUUCUUGGAGACAAGUGCCUGUCAGACAUGCCCUAUGACAGUGCCAACUAUGAGAAGGAUGAGAUGAUGACAUCCCACGUGAUGGACCAGGCCAUCAACAAUGCCAUUAACUACCUGGGGGCUGAGUCCCUGCGCCCGUUGGUGCAGACACCCCCUGGUAGCUCCGAGGUGGUGCCGGUCAUCAGUUCCAUGUACCAGCUGCACAAGCCCCCCUCAGACGGCCCACCACGGUCCAACCACUCAGCACAGGACAGCGCCGUGGAGAACUUGCUGCUGCUGUCCAAGGCCAAGUCCGUGUCAUCAGAGCGGGAGGCCUCCCCAAGCAACAGCUGCCAAGACUCCACGGAUACAGAGAGCAACGCGGAGGAACAGCGCAGCGGUCUCAUCUACCUAACCAACCACAUCACUCCGCAUGCGCGCAACGGGCUGGCUCUCAAGGAGGAGCAGCGCGCCUACGAGGUGCUGAGGGCAGCCUCAGAGAACUCGCAGGACGCCUUCCGUGUGGUCAGCACGAGUGGUGAGCAGCUGAAGGUGUACAAGUGCGAACACUGCCGCGUGCUCUUCCUGGAUCAUGUCAUGUACACCAUCCACAUGGGCUGCCAUGGCUUCCGGGAUCCCUUUGAGUGUAACAUGUGUGGUUAUCACAGCCAGGACAGGUACGAGUUCUCUUCCCACAUCACACGGGGGGAGCAUCGCUACCACCUGAGCUAAACCCAGCCAGGCCCCACUGAAGCACAAAGAUAGCUGGGCAUGCCUCUUUCCCAGCAGCUGGACCCACGGCGGACAAUGUUGGGAGUGGAUUUGCAGGCAGCAUUUGUUCUUUUACGUUGGUUGUUUGAGAUUUGAUUUGCGUUUAGAAGACAAGUUUUUAAUGUUAGAGACAGGAUUCCAUUGCAUCAGGAACGUUCAGAACACCCAUCCUUCUAGACGGUUUUGUUGACUGCUAGCUGAGAUUUCCCUGGUAUGUGGCUUCCUAACGCUCUCCCUACCCGCCCCACCCCCAAAACAGAGCCCGAAUCUUCAGAGAAAUUAAUUAAACAAUUACCCAAGUAGGAGCAAGGUGGAUUUUUCCCUAAGCAGAGUUUAUACCACAAAGAUUCUCCAAGUCCUCCAAAACAGCACAGGGACAUCAGCCUGUGCAGAGACCAGGGCCGAAGGCUGAACUUAGAAAGCUACUAUUAGGCCAUGUAUUGCACGGCAAUGCGGUGUCGGAACAAGAUGUUUGAGGUGCUGAAGGGAAGGGAUUGGAGAGCCAUGUGGCUCUUCUUCAUUUGCCUGAUCACACUCAGCCUCCUGAGGGCUUGAUGCCCAGUAAGAUGAGCUCACUGCUCUUGUGAUCGUUUUUCUAUCAGUUCCGUGCCUUUAAUGGCCCCAAAGCUCAUCACUGCAUUUUAGAACCCAAUCCUGAAAUUGAGACCUUGUUUUAAACUUCUGAUACUGUAAAACUUCUUGGAAGCCAAAGCUUUCUUCCAAGCCCCAUCCCCAGUUAUCUUGGUUCCUGUUCUUCCCUGGGCUGAUAGUUCCGGGACCUGCUAUUCCAUGAAAACAAGCACAACCCACCCUUCACUUCAACUGAACCCCUGUUCUGAUUAUAGCUAUGGACUCGGCUGUCUUGAUAAAUGUCUUUCCCUGCUCUGGAUGUAUGUUAUUUUCUUUGAAAACCUGUGACACCAUUAUCCAGAAUGACCAUUUUUAGAUGGAAGAAAUAUGUGAGCCCAGCAUCUCAGUGGCUAAAACACAAAAUAUCCAUACUUUCAAACAAAAUUUUUAAAUAUUCCAAAGCUCUCUUCUAUAGACACCCAGUAGCACAUGUUUUCACAUAAAUAGGAUACGGGACCAUGCAACCUUUAUCAAGUAGAGGUAUUAGAAUGGUGUGAGGUUUGGAGGCAGAGUGUGACCAGUACAGGUUCCCAGAGAACCUGUAUAGCCAGACCAAGACAGAGAUGUCACGCUGAAGACAAGUCAAUUAGCUAGAGGUUCUCAGCAGAAAGGCCUCUCUCAAGAGUCAGUAUUAGGGUUGCUACCCUCUAUCAGCUCAACAGAAAUAAUUGUAAAUGUUUACAGCACUGUCUUCACAGAAACUUGUUGCUGUAAAAUUAUAAAAAAUGCUGUCUUCUCCCCUGCACUAGGUCAAGCACUGCAGCGCCCCAAGAUAGCUGGUAGAUACUUCAUCUCAGUCAGCAAAGCGUCUCACCCGCUCUUCUCCAUCCCAUAUCACACAGACAAUGGCUACUCUCUGAGCCUGGCAACAAUCUCUCUGCCCAUCUAGUUGUCAAGGCAGGUUGCCACCAUGCCAGACAUACACAUCCCAAUUCCAUGGUGGCCCAGUGUCUCCACCACCACAAACUCUCUUUAACUUAAAUCGCCCUAUGAAAGAACACACAACACAAUGACCUCUGAUCCAAUUGAUGAGAUAUAAUUUGCUCAUCUAGACACAAAAAACCCUGUACACAUCCACCCCUUAAGAAUAUUCAUAACAACCUGUAAAUGUGCAGAGAGGAAUCUUAACAUCCGCCUCCAUGUUCUCUCCUCUGCUUCUCCUGCCUCCUCCAGUCUCCUCCUCUCUCUAAAAUAUUUCUCCUGCCCAUCCUUCCUUCUCAUCCAAUGACAGGCCUCCUUCUCUCUUGUACCUGCCUUCACCUGAAUGACAUCCUACAGAAACUUUCUGAGGUGAUUCCACAGAACUGGAGGAGAGAUUGUCUAUAACAGCUUUUGAGCUAAAAUGACGUUCUUAGUCGCAGCUCUCCUGACAUACAGGGCAUGAUCAUCACUGGUGGGGGUCGUUCUGUGAAAUGCAGCUUGCUUAGUACUACCCCUGGUCACUCCCCACUAGAUGCCAGGAGCACCCUAGCUGAUACCCAAAACUGUCUUCCCGGGUGCUCCAUGGGCGGAAAACUACUGAUCUAAACUCUAAAUGAGUGCAAAGUACGGAAGUUUUCCAAAAAGUAAAAAGCACUUGAAGCCUUUCCCGGUCAGCAGCCUCAAGCUGUACUGUGUCUUUGCAGUGCUGAUGAAUUCUAUAAAUCAGCAUUGGCAAAUACACUUCAGAUACUUCUGAGUUCAAGUGAAGGGACAGAGUUCACAAAGGUAUCCCUCUUAAGUCUGUGUUUCUUUGUUUCCAGAACAACAUGGCAUUUCGAAAGCGAAAGUAAAAUUACAAAUAUAACGACGUACAGUGAAUAAAGGGAGAGAAUUUGAGGAACUAGAGCUGUGGACAGUUUUUGUUCCAUAUGCAAUUAUAGGACUGGCCUUACCCAAAUUCACAUAUUCCAGGUGACAACCUUCCAAGCCUACAAUUUGCUGGCAGCUUUUACUCACUCUUGUUCUUAGCAAUGAGAGCCAUUAAGUAUGGUCCAAGGAAGAUGGCUCCAAACCCCACCGCCACCCCCGCCCCCACCCCUGACACUGGUAAUCAAAGGUUAAAGCGGAAUUGUAAAUAGUGGCUUCAGGAGCUGUUUUUUAGAAUGCUUUGCCCUUUCCUCUCACUGCCUUUUUUAGCCAAUAUAAAUGUCUAUUUGCACACCUUUUGUUGUGGUUUUAUAUUGUAACAGCAUUUUUUUGAAACUAUUGUAUUUAAGAUAAGGUUUCAUAUUAUGCCCACAAGUAAUUAAAUUAUGUUUGAAGGUGGCUAUAUUCUGUAUCAAAAGUUGAUAAUGUUUUUCUUUAGCUGGUAAAGUAGGGUUUUGCAUGAGCUCA